CUACACACACUUCCCAGACACAUCCACAGGACACACGCCGGUGUCGGAGCGGAGCGAAAAAGACACACAGGAGAACGGAGCGGUGCCGCAGGGGUGGCACGACAUGAAAGGUCUUUUUGGAGAGCAAGAGCGCAAAACAUUUUCUUAUUUAUUAUUCUGUGAUUUUUGUGCUGCAUUAAAAAGCAGCUUCUGACACUCGGACUGAGGCUUCUAGGGCUUUGAGAGCUUUUACUGUGGACUUUAUAUCUUGCUACUACCAAGCCCCUUCAGGAGAACCGACCCUGGUGUGCGCAAAAUACGCGGGGACUGGGAGAGGGAGAUACGGGGACUGAGAGCUUCUCAGUCGGGACUUGAAGCACCCUGGAGCCGCUGUCUCUGGAGCGCAGAUAUCGCCCGAAGCCUCCCAGCUGCGGAGCGCACGCAGUAUUGAUCAAGGAGUUUGUUUGUUCACAAUUUUUUUUGGAUGAGGUUUAGUGGCAUCCGCUAAAUGGACAGAUAUAAAAGGCAAAAGGCUGCGAAAAUAGAAAUCUUCAAUAACAUGUAGUUGGCAUAGUUUCCUCCAUCAAUGGUUAAAUAAAAGUGGGAUUAUUCCUGAAGUGGUCGAGUUUUGACUGCUGCCAGCGGUUUUUGGUCUUACGGGGGUGUGGAUUUUUUUUAAACGAACAGCACAAUUUAUAUUCUACGAGGUGGAAACACUAGAAACUUAAAGCUCUCCACGAGUUUCGGCAUCACUCAAGAUGGAUUUUGAGCCAUCGCUGAUUGGAUUUUUAAUGGCAAUUUGUCAUCUGGCAUUGACCGUCAGAGGACAAGAUGGGCCAGAGUGCGGAGGCGUCUACGAUGCCAGCGAGGCGGGUUACAUCACCUCCCCUGGUUAUCCUCUGGAGUACCCACCUCAUCAGAACUGUCACUGGAUCAUCACGGCGCCGGAGUCCUCGCGCAUCGUCCUCAACUUUAACCCACACUUUGAGAUUGAGAGGCUGGACUGCAAGUAUGACUUCAUCGAAAUCCGCGAUGGGACUUCGGAAAAUGCCGAUGUUCUGGGUCGACACUGCAGCAACAUCGCCCCAGCGCCGAUCAUCUCAUCUGGACCCUCCCUGCAGAUCCGAUUUGUCUCAGACUACGCCCACCAGGGGGCGGGCUUCUCUCUGCGCUACGAGAUCUUCAAAACAGGGUCGGAAUUCUGCUUCCGCAAUUUCACCAGCUCCUCCGGCAUGAUCGAGUCCCCGGGCUUCCCUGAUAAAUACCCUCAUAAUCUGGAGUGCUCCUACAUGAUCAUUGCCCCGCCCCACAUGGACAUCACCCUCACGUUCCUGACCUUUGACCUCGAGAACGACCCCCUGCUGGUGGGAGAGGGUGACUGCAAGUACGAUUGGCUGGACGUGUGGGAUGGCCUGCCACAAGUGGCUCCUCUGAUCGGCCGGUACUGUGGGACAAAGAUCCCUCCAGAGAUCCAGUCGUCCUCCGGCCUGCUGUCCCUCUCCUUCCACACCGACAUGGCUGUUGCCAAAGACGGCUUCUCCGCCCGCUACAACAUGACGCACAAAGAAGUCAGCGACUCGUUCCACUGUAGCAUGGCGCUCGGUAUGGAGUCGGGGAAGAUCAGCGAUGAUCAGAUCACCGCAUCGACAACAUUCUACGACAACCGCUGGUUGGCACGCCAGGCCCGCCUCAACAACGACGACAACGCCUGGACGCCUUCAGAGGACAGCAACAAGGAGUAUAUACAGGUUGACCUGCACUUCCUCAAGGUUUUGACCGGCAUCGCGACACAGGGGGCCGUUUCCAAGGAGACGCAGAAGUCCUACUACGUCACUACCUUCAAACUGGAGGUCAGCACCAACGGGGAGGACUGGAUGGUCUACCGGCACGGCAAGAACCACAAGAUUUUCCACGCCAACACAGACCCAGCCGAGGUGGUUCUGAACCGGGUCCCGCAGCCGGUUCUGGCCCGGUUUGUUCGUAUCCGACCACAGACCUGGAGGAACGGCAUUGCCCUGCGCUUUGAGCUCUACGGAUGCCAGAUUACAGAUGCUCCGUGUUCAGACCUGCAGGGCCUGCUGUCCGGCCUGCUCCCUGAUGCCCAGAUCUCAGCCUCCUCCAGCAGGGAUUUGGGGUGGAACCCUGCGACCGCCCGUCUGGUGGCCAGUCGCUCCGGCUGGUUCCCCGCCCCUGCACAGCCCCUGGCUGGAGAGGAGUGGCUUCAGGUGGACCUCGGUGUGCCUAAGACGGUGCGUGGAGUGAUCACCCAGGGAGCGAGGGGAGGAGACGCAGGAAGCGGGGCAACCACAGAUAACCGGGCGUUUGUCAGGAAGUACAAAGUGGCACACAGCCUGAAUGGAAAAGAGUGGAAUUUCAUCAUGGACAGCAAGACUAGCCUACCCAAGAUCUUUGAGGGGAACACGCAUUACGACACCCCAGAGCUGCGCCAUUUUGAGGAGAUAGUGUCCCAGUACAUCCGGCUGUAUCCCGAGAGGUGGUCUCCAGCAGGAAUCGGGAUGAGAGUGGAGAUACUAGGCUGUGACCUUCCAGAAACCACCACGCCGGCAGACACCGUCACGCCAACUCUGCCUGCUGACAUUGAAACCACCACAGUCCCCAUUUCGACUACAGUAGCCACCUCUCCUCCAUCAGACAGCGUGUGUGACUUUGACCAUGGCCUGUGUGGGUGGACGCACGACCCCAACGCCCCUCUGCUCUGGUCCCUGCACAGCCACGAGCUCAACAGCUAUCUGUACAUGGACGCCAGCCUAAAGACAGAGCAGCAGCAAGCCCGUCUCGUGAGCCCCGUGGUGGCGGCAGACACGGGGCCCCUCUGCCUCCUCUUCUCCUACCAGCUGUGGGGGGAGGCCCAGGGCCACCUGAAGGUCCUGCUGCGGGACGCCCACAACGAGGAGACUGUCUUGUGGACACUGAAAGACGAUCAGGGCCCCGUCUGGAGGGAGGGUCGCACCAUCCUGCCUCGCUCCCCUAAAGACUUCCAGGUUGUGAUGGAAGGUUUCUUUGUGCACGGCACUAGAGGACACAUCUGGAUAGACAACAUCCACGUGAGCUCUAGCACCCCUCUGAAAGAGUGUACACAACCCAUUGCAGCAUUUUCUCCUGAAAAUUCCGGGGGAGGCGUUCCUGUGCCUCCCUUGCCCAUCCACUGGUAUUACAUUAUGGCCGCCGGGGGCGCCCUCCUUCUGCUGGCCGUGGCCAUCUUGGUCAGAGCCCUCUGUUGCUGCCGACAACACCUGGCCACCAAGAAGAGCCAGCUGUCAGUGGCCUAUCACAGCUCCUCACAGUGCUUCCAGUAUUCUAACUGGUCCUCCAGUAUGGCCGCCCCAGGGGUGGAGCCAGUCCUGACAGUGAGGCUGGACAGCCGGGACCGACACCGUACCCUCUGCUGAAAAGAAGCACUUAGCUGCGUAGAGCAGGACGCCAACUUGUGAUGUCCGUGGCAGUGUGUGUCGUGAUGCCGCAAGAUUGACAGAACAUCCACUCGACCAACCCCUCCCUCAUUUAGUUUACAGUUGCAAGAGUGAUGAUGACAUUGUCCUAAACUGCCAAGUGAAAAUUUGCAAAGAAACACUGUGUGCUCUCUCUCUCUGUGUCUCUAAUGGAUGUAGCUUUCGGUUGCUGUUUUAUUUGUUCCAUUAAGGAGUUUGCUGUUGACAUUCUCACACUUUGCUGCUCCUGAUGUGAGGACUGAAGUCUGAGUAAGUUAUUUAUCUGAACAGCUUGCUUCGGACCAUUGAGUGCCGUCUGGCUCCUCAUAACCCCAACGGUCCUCCUGGAAUGACCCCAGCAUGGACAUGCACACAGACAUGUGUGGGCUGGGACGAGAAGGGGGUUGAGCUGGUUCCGCUGCGAGAGCCGGCCAGAGCUGCCAAACCACAGACUAAAACAAGACCCCAGAGACACGAGGAGCUCUGCAGUGCUGAGAGAGAGAGAGAGAGAGAGGGGGUGAGGGGGGGGGGGGGGGGACUGUUAGGCUGAGAGGCAUCCAACGUGCUAGCUGUGGAAAUUAACUGGCAAGCCCCAGAAAAUAAAGCUCUUGGUAUCGCUGUCAUAACAACAUGAGAUAGCUGUGAUAUGAGUUGUACCAAUAGUUGAGGGGGUUGUAACGGAGGAGGAAAAAAAAAAUCCUUCCAUUGUGCUUUUCAACAGAGCAUGUGCACAUUUAAAAACAAAAGAAUGCAAAUCCAUCAUACUUUAAGUCCUGCAUCACAAAUGGAGAUAACCAGCUCGUUUGAUUGAACGUCUUGUCUUCUCCUGAUAAAGGCAUCAGUCAGUGAUGGAUGCAGCCGUCUUCAGUGUUUAGUGUUUCAUCUUGAUUCUCUGCCGUAAUAAAGCACGUUGUUGCCACUCCCAUUUGUGCUUCAUAUCACCUGCUCCCGUUGUUCUCCAUGUCUUUGAGCUGACCAGAUGAAACUCAUGCUGAGCCAAGCCUUCUGUUUUCAUUGGGAAUAUGUGCUCGUUGUUUUUAGGGUUGUAAAUAGACACAGCUGUCUGCCAUCACCAUUUCUGUCUUGAUUUAUACUCCUACAAAUCCCACAAUGCCGCUGGACCAGCUGGAAGACAUAAGUGCAGUGUUUUGCUGUAUACAGUAUGUGCACCCUUGAGAGAGAUCCAAGGCAUGAGGAUCAGAGCAGAGCUCCAGCUAUUGAUGUUCCUUUCUCUAGUGCCAUUAGAUUAGGCUAUUAACAUAAAAUAAGACACAGCUAAUGCACUUAUUACUAAUGUUUAACAUAUCCGGGAUCUAAAAGAAGGUUUUAUUGUGAAAUUUCUCGAAACUCUGACCGAGCUAGACAAAUUGCCACCAAUUUCACUCUCAUCAGUCGGUACAGAGGUGGUGAGGUUUGACACGCUCAGUUUAACACUCUAGAUUGAAUGAAAUUGAGAUCUUCACUCUGUUGCUUAACAGGCGGGGCUUUCGUGAUCUGUCACACCAGCAAAAAUCCGUCACAUACUAGUGCACAGCUCAGCAGAAUGCACCACAUUUGUUGCCACAAUUUAGAAGCUGCACUUUUCUCUCCAGAGUGGGAAAGAAGUGUUUUUUGGCACACUCUCACUAUGUGCUUUUAAAUCAUCUUGGGGGAGGAAGGAUUGGACACCCUACUUGGGCCAUCUCGACACCGUUACGCUCCAAUCCUCUAAUAGUUGUAAUUAGUAAAUGGACAUAUUACAUUUAUUAAGACUGUGGUAAGCACUUUUCCCUCCCAUCUACCGCACCUCCGCCGCCCAAUGUGCUGCCAACUUCAGUUGCCCCGGAAACAGUAUUGAUAAUGCCAUUGGCCAUCAAAGACCUCCAGAUCUAGACGUGUGCCUUGCCAAGCAGUUACUCCCACUCCUGCAUGCUUGCCAAGAGCAGCAAGCGCAAA